AUUUUUCAUACAUAAUUUGCGUUCUUAAUUUAUUUUUUUAACAGUAUUUCAUAAUUAUAGAUAAUAAAUGUUACUAGAAAACAUAACCUAAAUAUACAGCACUUUUAACAUGAAUAAGAAAAAGUAAGUAAAAACCAGUGAUCCCGUUAUCAAGCAAUGGAGUAUUAUCUGUGCAGUGAAGUGGAAUGGAAUCAGUAACUUUCCAUGGCUGUGCAUGGGAUCCACUUUCCCCAAUAUAAUACUUAGGUACAUCCUGCAUUAACAAUUCAAAAAUGGCAUUCCGCGUUGAGUCCGAGAAAGAUUAUGGAUUUUUACUAAAAAGUUUAAUUGCCGGCGGGGUAGCUGGAAUGUGUUCAAAAACAACAGUAGCCCCACUAGAUAGGAUAAAAAUAUUAUUGCAAGCACAUAAUAAACAUUAUAAACACUUAGGUGUCCUUUCUGGAUUGAAAGAAAUAAUUCAACGUGAACGAUUUAUUGCUCUUUACAAAGGAAAUUGUGCUCAAAUGAUUAGAAUAUUUCCAUAUGCAGCAACACAAUUUACUACAUUUGAAUUAUAUAAAAAGUAUUUAGGUGACUUAUUUGGAACGCAUACUCAUACAGAUAAGUUUCUGGCCGGAUCUGCUGCUGGUGUUACCGCAGUUACAUUAACAUAUCCACUUGAUGUCAUUAGAGCCAGACUUGCUUUUCAAGUUGCCGGAGAACAUAUUUAUGUAGGGGUUGUACAUGCGGGUAUCACAAUUUUUAAAAAAGAAGGUGGUAUUCGAGCAUUGUACAGAGGGUUUUGGCCAACUAUUAUUGGCAUGAUUCCAUAUGCAGGAUUUUCAUUUUAUUCAUUUGAAAAACUUAAAUAUUUAUGCAUGAAACAUGCACCAAAUUAUUUUUGUGAAAAAUAUGACAGAAAUACUGGUGGUUUAGUUUUAACGAUACCGGCAAGAUUAUUGUGUGGAGGUAUUGCUGGUGCUGUUGCUCAAAGUUUUUCUUAUCCAUUAGAUGUUACUAGAAGACGGAUGCAACUAGGUAUUAUGGAUCAUAAUACUCACAAAUGCAAUUCUAGCAUGUCACAGACUAUAAAAACGAUAUAUGAAGAAAAUGGUAUUGCAAAAGGUCUGUAUCGUGGAAUGAGUAUCAAUUAUCUACGAGCUAUUCCUAUGGUAUCAGUUAGUUUUACAACAUACGAGAUCAUGAAAGAAAUACUACAUUUAGACACGGGACUAAAAUUCUAAUUUAUUUAAUCAGAACACGUAUUUGUAAUGUCCCAGUUCUUAUAUUUCUAUUAGCAGUAAAACGCAAUUAAUAUUAAUAUUUUUCUACAAUUACUCGGACAAAAAUAUUGUUUGAUUUUUACUUUGCAACAUAGAGGUGAUUCUUUCUAAAAUAUUCUAUAAUCUAAUUUAUUAUUUGUAUGUGAUAAAUUUAUGCAAGUAUGAUAUGCCACGAAUAAGUGAAAUAUAUGGAAAAUAUUUGCGAAGUAUAUAUAUAGAAUAAAUAUUUAGGGUGGACCAACUAACGUGACUACUUGAAAUAUUUCACUUGCUUUUAGUGAUAUAAAAAAUGUUUCAAGUACAAGUUAGAUGGUUUCGAAGGGGACAUAAUUUGAUAUGAUUAGCUUUUCGUAAGUGACCGCAUAGAAGACAUAUGAAGGUCACUUUUUUUUCUUUUUUUUUUUUUAACGAAAUCAUAUAUUUUUCUAUUACAUUAGCCGACAUAGCCAAACAUUCCGUACAAAAAAUUAUUAAUCUAUAAAGUAUUAGUAAAGUAUUAACCUAUUUAUACCGAAAAAAUAUUAGCUUAGCAGAUAUUCUAACUUCAAGCGAUCGCAAUAAGAUCAGAUCACGCCAGGUCAGGUCACCAAUCAAGUGAACCACUGAACUGUCUGUCUAUUGUAAGUGCUCCUACUGGAUUACGUGCUAGCGAUUUUGACAGGUGCCUGAUAUGAGGUGAUUGGACCGUACCGUGAUCGCUAGUCUGAAUCGUCCUUUAAUUUCGUCAAAUUUAGAUACAGAGGUUAAGGAAAAACACGACAUUCUUGAGCUUAUGUUGCCUUUGUCUUUCGUACGUUAAAUUUGACGAAUUGAAGUUACAAUAUUCCUUAAACCAAUGGUUUUUCAGUACACACAAAUCGGUUAAUACUUUUUUUGUAGAGAAUGCCCAUAUGAAUCAGCUAAUGUUAUAAAAAAUAUAUUAUUCCACUUAAAAAAAUAUCAAUGACUUUCGUAUGUUCUUUAUGUGUUCGCCUACGAAAAAGCUAAUGUCAGAUUACGUCUUCUCGAAAUUAUUCAACUUGUACUUGAAACAUCUGUCAGUAUUAUCAAAAACAAGCAAGAUUUCCAGAUGAUCACGUCAGGUGAUUCACCCUGUAGGAACACGCACACGCAUAUAUAUACGCAGUGGUUGUUUACGUACAACUGAUAUUAAUCUUUGAUAUCACAGUGAUAACUACCGUUGAUACAAAACUGAUACUAAUUCCCCUAAUGCCGUGGUGAUAAUAUCAAAGUGUCACCGUUUUCUGAUACUAUGAUGAUGAGCAGUUGGUUAUAACAAGGAUACAUUAUAUGUGGAAAAACUAUUUUUUUGUUCAUAUGUAAUUAUUAUUUUCAUAUUCGUCUUGCAAAUGACUGUUUUGAUUACAUGAAAAAAAGAUUGCAUUAUAUUUCGCAUAAUUAGUAAUAUCUUAUAUAUACAAAAUUAAUAAAAAAUUUAAUAACA